AUGUCCCGCCUCCCCCACGACGCCGCAAUCUUCUCCCCCUCGGUCGCCCGCGCCGCCGCCUCGGCCGCCAAGGACUGGAGCUACGUCGACGCCUGGCUGGCGUCGCGCUUCCGCGGCCGGCCGGCCCCGCCGCGCUUCGAGCGCAACGCCGACACCCUGCGCGCCCUGCUCGCCCUGGCCGCGCUUAACGAGUCGGCCGACGAGCAGCGCGACUUGCUGGCCGCCGUCGAGGCCGACGCCCUGGCGGAGCUGGAAGCCGCCGCUACCGGCCACGAUGGCGGCGAGCGCGAUCCCCCAGACGCCGCCACGGACCUGGCGUCUGUCCGCAGGGACCUCCUGUCGGCGCUCGCGGCCGGCCUGACGCGCGACGGCCGCGCCUCGCUCGACGCCAUGGCGGCCGCGUCGGCCGCGGCCGCCGGCGGCCGCCUGCCCGACCCGACCGUGGAGCAGGUCCGCGCAGAAGAGGAGGCCUACCUGGAGCUGCUGCACCGUAAGCGCGCCCUCGACGCCCGGCUGCGCGCCUUUGAGGGCCUCCCACCAGACGCCGCCAUGGCCCGCCGCGAGCUCGAGGCUCGGAGGGACGUGCUCCGGAGGCUCACCCAACGCCGGGAUGCCGUCUUCGAGGGUCUGGUCGAGCGGGAGACGCCGCGCAAGCCGAGGGGGUGAGGCAUUUCCACGAACCGCCUACGCAUGUCACCUAUUACCAUCCAGGUCACGCAUGCACAACACUCGGGUGGCUGGGCAUCAUUCUUCUGCGAGCCCAUAAAUGAUUGCCUGGUAUCAUUACAAUGCAAAAAAAGCUGCGGUAAACAGCAGAGAAAAUAUGAAGAGCAAAACAAAACAAGAGGAAGGAAAAAGAUAAGUAAGGAGAAAAGAAGACUCGCACACUAGCAAAAUAUUGCCUAGUGUUGUGUAGUUAGACGGGGUGUGACCAGACUCUCUAUAACAAAAACAAAGCGAAUAACGAAUACAGAAAACAUGGAGAUCCUGUAGCCGAGGGAGUUGACUGGCCUCGCCAGGAACGGAUCGGCACUCUCACUGUUGGCCUCGCUUCGCUCUCCCGCCUCCAGCUCCGCCAAACCUCCCAAAGACGGGUCGUCCAAGUCCAGCCCUCGGCUUCGCCUGCGCCGGAGCAUCUUUGAGCGGGACCGGAGGCGGUUGGGCUCUGGCGUCCUUGGCGGGCUUUGCGUCUAGGCUCUCCCCGAGACGCAGAUCGAGACCUGGGCCUCCGUCGUCGAGAUCUCCAACUCCACCGGGCCGCUGCGCCCGCCUCGCGCGCUCCUGCACGCUCCGGAACUUCUCGAGCAGCUCCGCCCAGCGGAUGAUGCCCUCUUCGCGGCCCUUGAGUCGGUUGCUCCUGUCAUAGUUGGACCCGCUGCUGGGAGUGGUGGUUCCGCUGUGGGGUUGGGUAAUUGUGUAAGUGUCUAAGCUAUAUUUUGAUAAAGGGGGACGAGGGGCGAGGGACUGGAGGGACUGCAGCGCUUCGGCUAUGGAGCCCUGGCGCGAGUGGCCCGAGGCAGCGCUAGCAGCUGCGUUAGAAGCUGCGUUGGAGGUCACAUACGGUCUAGGUGCGAUAUGCAGAUACCCAAUCGAGCUCACGCUGUUGAGGCGGUUCUUGAGGGCCGCGAAGGCCGAUGAUUGGGGCAGCAACAUCAGGAGUCCGUAAAGGCACUUGUAUAGAUGCGGAUACUUCUCUGGCUCAAGCAAUUGAAGGCGGAGAUCUGGUCAGGGUUCGCGUGCGUGACAGCCCACAAGGUUAGUCUUGCCGCCCCUGACCCCGACUCAGCCUGCUCUCGUGGGAGCGGACUCACAUGUAAACACUGGCGAUUCGAGUAACUGCACCAGCUUGUCGAUCUGGAUCAGGAUGCUCACGGUCAUCUCCAACUCGGCGAAUAUCUGCAAAAGGUUAUAUGCCUGUUCGUAUGCCUGCGCGAGCAGGCAGAGCGAGAAGGUGGCCACCGCGUUGUAACACCACGACCUGAACAGGGCCACAAAGAAUGUUUGGCCGUCCUGUUUGACGUUGGUUUUAGCACACGCGCGCUCUCGCAAGUCCAAAACCACGACUAUGGGGCAUAUCCUACCUUGGUCUCGAGGUUCCUCAGCCUCUUGCGCAGAUCCGACAAUUCGGGUGCCGUGAUCAGGUUGUUGUUCAGAUUCUGGACCAUGAUGCUUGCAAACUCGACGUCUUCCUCCUUCUCUAUGCAGUCUGCCAGCGUGCGGUAUAUGCGCUCGGCGCUGAGGCUGACGCAGAGCUGGCGGAUGAUCAGGUUGCCGCGUGUCUCUAGCAACUUGCGGUCAGUAGAGAAGAGCUGCAGCAAGUUGACCAUAAAGUUGGAGAAGUAGUCGUCCUCGCUGUUGCGCGAGAUCUGCGAGAGAAGCUGCAGGUCCUUGGUGACGACCGCCUCUGCCGGAUCCGAAAGUGUUUUGAGCAGAGCGGGGAAGGUUCCGUCGUUGAAGGCGAGGACUUUCCUGGGCGCCUUGCGGUGUAGCAUUAUGAGCCACGUCAGCGCGGCCACUCGCGUGGCCUCGUGAUCAUUCAGGAACAAGAGCGUCAGGGAGUUGACGGCGGCGGCGUAGUCCAAAUCUGCCUGGGGAUGCACAGCUCCAGCCGCCUGGGUCGCGGGCGCACUAGGAGCCGUGACUGACGGCACAGGGGUUGCGGCGGCAGCCCGGUUGGCCAGGCCCGGCGUCGGGCUCCUCACUUCAAGGUCCCGAGUAGAGCCCGAGAGGGAAGGCCGCGCGCUGUGGGUGUGACCACCGCCGUCUUGCUUGUCCGGUUUUUCAGGGUGUGGGGCUGGCAGGCGCGGUACAGACUGGCCUGGCGCAAUUUCAGGCUCAUCCGAGAGCGACAUCACAUAGUUCAUCAAGGACGUGUUGACCCUGGCGGCAGCCAGGCGUAUCGAUUCGACACCGCUGGCCAUGGCCGGGAGGAGGUGGGCCAAAAUCUUUGGCGUGAAAGGGAGCACCUCCUCCGGGCAGAUAUCGAGAAAAUCGACAAUCCAUCGUAAAGACUCGAGCAAGCCAUCUUCCU